UGCCACAAGUGUCAAAAAGGGUCAGCUGGCAGUUGUUGAUCGGUAUGUCACAAAAUUUCAAAAUAAACUCGUGAUAAUAUAAAAACAUUAUUUUGAAUACUUUUCGAUAAACCAGGAUUACAAUCAAAUGAAGAGAUUGAAGGUUUUGAAGAAUGUGAAGUAUCUAACUUUAAAACGAUUAAUAUUGUAAAUAAUUCACAAGUAGUUAAAGUUAUUCAAGACUUAUUUGUGUGGUUGUACAGUAAUAAACAUGAACGAUCCUUUGAAAGAAUUCACAAAAAAUCUUAAUAAUUUACUAACUGGGCGCGACGAAGACGAACAGGGAACGUUGAUUAAAAAACAUUCUAGUAACCUGCACGCAUUCGGCGAAUUUAGUUUCCCUAAUACUGUUAAACCAUGGCACGAAUAUAUGCAUGAAGAAGCAGAUUGUAAUUUUCUCACAUAUAUUAGGAAAGGUCCUGACGAUAUCAUCAACGCAUCAAAAGAAUGGAAGUUAUCCGUCAAAAACGUAAAGUUCUUUAAUGAUCGUGUCCAUCUGUUUCUGGAUCGCCGCACUGCUAUACAAGUGGGCUUGGAAUGUUGUGCAGCAAACAAUAACUGGAUUAUACAGAAAUUAAAUGAUAAACAAGAUGUUGCGUACAUAGAUCCGUUGUGCGAUGGGGCCAGCAUAACCGCAUUGCGUGUAAAAUGUUUAGUACAUGCAAUUAAUGGACUUGUUGCCAUCAACUCAAAGGAUUUGCCCAAAGCUACAAGAGUAGUUGUCACUUCCAAAUCAUUGAGCAACUGUGAUGAACAGCAAAUUGUAUUGUGUGGUCCUGUGCUAAAUGCAAAAACUAACCUCAAGGAGAAUAAUUUAAGUGGGGAAGAUUUUAUCAAAUUACGUCAAAAUGAGCUGAUGCUGAUCGCCCAGCACAAAUAUGGCUUGAGAGCAGGCACGGAGGACAAGUGGCGCGAGUUUAUAGCUCACCUUGGGCACUCGGCUGUCACAUUUGAGUUGUUGCAGACUCGGCCCAGCUCUGCUGUCAAAAUAAACUUUGAUGUGUCCACUGGAUGUAGCAAAGGUGCCGCAUUUAUUCUGUACAACUGUGCCAGAUUGGAGACUGUCAUACGAACAUUCAAUGAGAGAGUUGUUGACGGCACAUAUCCACCACUACCCCAUAUCACUAAUACUGAUUUCUCUUUAUUAACUCAAGAGGAGGAGUGGGCGCUGGUGCUGGGGUAUGCGGCGGGCGCGGCGGGCGCGCUGGCGGGCUGCGGGGCGCAGCCGCACCGCUUGUGCGCCUUCCUCAGCGCCCUGGCGCGCAUUCUCAGCCAGUACUACAGGAAAACUAGGAUAUUGACGGCGAGUUGUUAUCUUAAGUCCUCCCUAUGGCAAAAAUGCUGUCACUGAAAACCCACCUCAGUUCACCUCUACAUAUACAUACAAGAGUCUUCUCUUCUUGUAUAGUUAUACAUUCACUACAAUGGGGAUGUUUCCUAAUGUUACAAAUCCAAAUAAAG